UAUCGUUUAAAAAUACAUUGUAGUCUAGCGUCCUUUUGAAUUUUCAAUUUAUGGUCCUAAGAAUUGAGAAAUUAUAGUGGGAAAAUUCAAUCUAAAAUUGAGAAUGUUCUACCAAUGUGCCAUCUGGCGUAGGAUAGAUAUGUAUAAAUAAUUUUCCACGUACGCGAGUCGGACGGUCUUUCUAUCGAACGUAUUCCAUUGAUAGAUUAUUAGAGCCUAAUGGCUCGAUAUUCCUGCGAUUUUUAAUCGAUUCCUUUUAUAAGAAAUUUAAAAGGGAUGAAACGUUUCUUGUACAAAUAGAAGAGAAGAAAAUGAAAAGAUGUAAUGGUCUCGCAGCGCCCUGGCAUCAACCAAUCGGAAUGUUUUUUGAGGAUUUAAAUUUUGAUGACGUAAUAAAGAAAUAACCGGUAGAAAGUAAAUGAAACAGUUUGUAUUUGAAAAUCCAAAAUAUGGACACUGAAUGGUAUUUAGGAUUAAUCACAAUGUACCAUUUGAUGUAAUAACUUAUUCUGACGUAAAUAUUCAUUUGUAAUUGUAUUUUGUUUAUACCGUAUUUUGAUUUUUCUUUUUCAUCGAGGAAACAUAGAGAAAAUUGACAUUUCUUUGAUGCUACAGGAGGAACAUUGACAAGUGCGCGUAUGAUGGUGUUUCUAAGUGAACAAAAGCAGAUUAUUCUAUUAUUUCUUUUUGCUUGGUCUUCUUCCAGAAAUAUUCUUAUUUUAUUACUUUCGUGAGAACAAUCGAUUGGAAAUCACUUGAAAACAUUCUUGCAAAGUUUUAAAUAAUGGAAGAUCAUUCUACUAGAUCAAGUUUUGGUGCUGGUGGAUUGCACGUACGUCCUAAGUUUCAACCGGUUCGUGUGAAAGCUUUAUUGCAUUUUUGUGAAAGUGACGAUGAAGAAAAUGAAGAAAAUACAAUUAAUUCAGGAAAUGAAACUGACUAUGAUGUUCAAGCAUUACCUUUAAAUGAUUCUGUUCAGGAUGUACGUUGCAACGACGAAUCGUUGCAACAUGUAUCGCAUUCUGGAUGUAUCGAUGGAAAAUCGAAAGAAGUACAUGCUGGUGUUUCUUCGAACUCUUCUUUCAAAGAAUAUUUACAAAGCAAUGAUGAUAAUGAAGCUAAUAGUGAUGUUAGGUUGUCGGUGGAAAUGGAUACCGUUGUGUAUGAUAAUGUUAACAGGACCGAUGAGGGAGAACAAGAAAAGAGUCGCAAAGUAAUAUCUCGUGAAAAUACUUGCGUACAGAAUAUUAAAAACAGCGAUCUCUCGGAUGCGAUACAGCAUGGAAAUUCUUUAUUUCACGAUACGAUAAAAGAUGAAAGGAAUUCUAAUUUAGGAUUGAAAUCGUAUCAAGACAAUGUAUUAGGCAUGAAAGUACAUGAAAAUACUCCGUCGAAUAUCUAUGUUGAACAUAUGGAACAGAGACAAGGAAAUCUGAUUAUGGAAGAAAAUAUACAUAGAGAAAAAUUUGAUCAUAAAAAUGAAAAUAAACCUUAUAGGGAUACAGAAAGCGGUAUUGGACGUAUUGCCUUUAUACUUGCCAACGACAAAAAUACAUUGCGAGAUAUAAACCGUGUAGUUACAAAUCCAUCAAAACCAAAGUCUCCUACGGACGAGAAGUAUUUAAACUCAGAAAAUCUUCUUUGUUCAGAGACCCCAUCUAUUUCUGAUACUAGAUCAUCCAUUUAUUCUGUUUCAACAGCUACCCCUUUAAAACAUACAAAUCUUCAUUCAGUAGGAUCCAUUUUACAAAACAAAUUACAAAGUGACAUUCUAACAAACGCAGCUCAAACUCCAUCAACGAUCCUUUCGACAUGGUCGCAGAAUAGUGCAAGACAAAUGCCACUUCACAGUAGAGGUCUAUCCGUUGUCGAAUCUACACCUACUCCUGCCAAUUCAAUUCUUAUGCAAGGAAUAAGAAAGAAGGAUGAUACACCUAGAUAUUUUUAUCAACGAGAAAAACAACCUAAAGUCCGAACAUUACACAAUAAGCAACUGUCCAGAGUAGAUGAAACUGAAACUGAUAGUAAUAUAUUUGAUGCACCGUGCAAAGAGGAAAAAUCAAGCAGAAAUUCUAUAAUUAAAGAAAAUGUGGAGCAAUUAGAGAAUAAAUUUAUGCAGUCAGAUGUUGGUUCUGCCGAAUCAUUGGAAUCUGGUCAAAGUCAUAAAUUAAUGGACAUAGGAAAAAAUGACGAGAGGAUAAAGAAUGCGAUAGAAGACAUUGUUUCCGAUAAGCAUGCUACAUCCAUCUCUAAAGUGGAAUUAAUGAAUUCAGAAGAACAAAAUGUUAUUUCUACCGAGAGAGAAGUAGAAGAGAAUAUAAAAGAAGUUGUAGGUAAAAUGUCGAACGUGCAGGUUUCAAUACCGUCAAAUUCCUCCGAUUCAAUGGAAAAAUAUAAAAGGAUAAUGAUAAAAAAUAAAGAAUAUUUAAUUCUGGGUACUUUGGGACGUGGCAUGAGCGGAGAAGUCCUGCGAGUACAAGACUUGACAUCGUCCGAAUUACGAGCUAUCAAAUGCGUAAAUUUGAGCCGCAUGGAUAAGGAUUCGGCACAAGGAUGUUUAGAAGAAAUUUCUAUGUUACAUAAACUGCAGGCUUCGUGUAUAGUCAGGAUGUUUGAUUACGAGAUCAAAUACCCUUUAGUCUAUGUAGUAAUGGAGAUGGGUGAUACCGAUCUUAGUCGUUUACUGAAACUGACAUCGCAGGAGAAACAACUUCCAUUAACAAUGAUUCUUUACUAUUGGACAGAAAUGUUGACAGCUGUUAAACAUAUACACGACAAUGGAGUCAUACAUUCGGAUUUAAAACCAGCUAAUUUUUUAUUAGUACGCGGUCGUCUAAAAUUAAUAGAUUUUGGUAUUGCUUCUAAUAUGAAUGCGGAUAUGACCUCUGUUGUAAAGAAUUGUCCAAUUGGCACUUUAAAUUAUAUCAGUCCAGAAGCUGUAAUGGAUAUCGGUGGAAACGGAGAUUCUCCUAAUCACAAUGUUAAAUAUAAAAUAAGUUACAAAUCGGAUGUGUGGUCACUGGGAUGUAUUUUAUAUGGUCUUGUGUAUGGACAAACUCCAUUUCAUCACAUACGUCCUCAAUGGGCUAAGGUGAAUGCAAUAACGAAUCCGAAUCCAAAGAUAGCUUUUCCAACGUCUAUACUUUUGCUCGAUAAAACAGAAAAAUUCGAACCACCUCCCAUUUUAAUUGAUGUGAUGCGUAAAUGCCUCCAACACAAUCCUAAAGCUAGACCUACGGUGGCAGAACUUUUGCAGAUACAAUAUAUACCUGCCAGACAGGAUGUUAAAGCUACGUUGUCUGUACCUCCUGAGAUUCCUCCAAAUAUUUUAAUAAAGAUAAAGCAUGCGUUAAACGAAGAAGAAUGGAGAAGACUGAUACAGGUGUUGGAAAAGAAAUCCUUAUGAGAAAAUAAUAGCAUUGAUGUUGUAUGCCAAUCAUCAUAAUUCAUGUAUAUAGAACAUAGUUGUUAUAUAUAUAUAUAUAGAGAGAGAGAGAGAGAGGGAGGGCGGGAGAGAGACAAAUAACAAAAUGAUAAAUAAUUCGCCUAGCGGCGUAAGACGAACAUAUCAAAUGAUGAAACGAUCAUUCAAAUAUAACGCGAUCAGAGAAGCGUCAAAAAGCGUGCCUGUGUAGUACGUACGUAAAUAUUUGGCAUCGAUGUAAAAUAGGUACGAUAGCAAACGAUAAAUCGAUCUGCAUCUAUGGUAUGUUCAUUAAUGAAAUAAUUAUAUAUCGCAAGAUUAAGGAGAAUACUAUUAAAAUAAAUAUCUUUUUAUUAUUUCA